GAACAGAACGCCGAAUGCUUCAAAUGGGAAAAAAAAAAUCAGCAAAUACACGCAAAGCUCAUUUUUCCCUCCUUUUGAUUCCACGUCUCUCUUUAAUGGCGGAAAGCAAGCCCUCCCCACGUUCCUCAUCUAACUCUCCUCAAUUUUCUGAAUCUGCUUCUACUUCUUACAGUAUAUCUCUUCUUCAUCUUUCUCUGCAUUUGACCGGAAUCCGUCUUCAACUCUCUCUGUUCGCGAUUACCAGAAAACUUUUGGCCUUCAACAUUGAAGUACAAUAUUUCCUUGGUCAAUACUUAGAUGAUAAUGCCUCCUGCUAGCAAGGCUGACUCGAAAGCGACUCUUGAUGCAGCGGCAUGGGCAUUCAAUAUCGUCACAUCUGUUGGAAUUAUUCUUGUCAAUAAGGCCUUAAUGGCCACUUAUGGAUUUAGAUUUGCUACAACGUUAACUGGUCUUCAUUUUGCCACAACCACCUUGAUGACUGUUGUACUUAGAUGGAUGGGACAUAUCCAGUCUUCUCAUCUACCAGCAUCUGAGAUUUUAAAAUUUGUUAUAUUCGCAAACUUUUCUAUAGUUGGGAUGAAUGUGAGCUUGAUGUGGAACUCAGUGGGAUUCUAUCAGAUUGCAAAGCUGAGUAUGAUCCCUGUAUCCUGUUUUCUGGAAGUUUUCUUGGGAAAAAAAAGAUACUCAAGGGACACCAAGCUCAGCAUAUUGUUAGUUCUCUUGGGAGUUGCCAUCUGUACUGUUACGGAUAUGAGUGUAAAUGCCAAGGGCUUUAUAGCUGCCUUUGUGGCAGUUUGGGCCACUGCUCUUCAACAGUAUUAUGUACAUUUCCUUCAAAAGAAAUAUGCACUAGGAUCUUUCAACCUAUUAGGGCAUACCGCACCAGUGCAAGCUGCUUCUCUUCUGUUAUUAGGGCCCUUUGUGGACUAUUGCUUGACAAAUAAAACAGUUGGCGCAUAUCCAUAUAGUACAACAUCUGUGUACUUCAUUAUCUUAUCAUGCACGAUCGCGAUAGGGACCAAUCUCAGCCAAUUCAUUUGCAUCGGCAGAUUCUCAGCCUUGACCUUCCAAGUGCUUGGCCAUAUGAAGACUAUUCUUAUCCUGACCUUAGGUUUCAUUUUCUUUGGGAAAGAAGGUCUUAACCUACACGUAGUUCUGGGCAUGGUAAUUGCGAUUUUGGGAAUGAUAUGGUAUGGGAACGCCUCUUCUAAGCCCGGAGGAACAGAGACUCGGACCAUUUCUUCGCCACACCCCAAACCCCAAAACCAAAACGGAUUAUCAGAAUCCAGCGAGCUUGAUGAGAAGGUGUAGCCUAGUGUUCCUACUGAAGCUGAUUUGAGAAACCCGUUUACUUAUAAAAUAUCAGAUUCAUUGUACCUUAAAGGUAAAAUAAUUUACUGCAACACAAUUUUGGUUAUCAUUGAUCAUCUCUUGUUCUUGACUUAUUCCAGAUAGGAAUUCUGCUGAACUAUAUGCAAGUUACCCGUAAUUUAUGUCAAUUUUGCUCUUUUGUUAUACUAGUAAUUUAUGUUGA